AUGGCUGCGUCACCUCCCGGUCCUUCCUCAAGUGCUGAUUCGGCGCCCGUGGGACUUGAGGAUGGUCCCCUUGAGGACGGAGGCGGCACGGCUGAUCAUAAGAUGGAAGGACAGGUAGCAGUGGAUGAGCAGCCAUCGGUGGCCCAUGAAACCGGAGCCAAGGCGGUGGCAGCGGGGGUGUUGGGCCGACUGCUGGACGCGGCUCAGCAGCCGCACUCGCUCUUUGAGCUACACCUUCCCCAUGGCAUCGCAUCACCUCGCAAGCUGCCUCCCCCACCCACUUCUCCCGCUACACUGCUGCCUCUUCCCACCACCUACUUUCUCUGCCUCCCACGCCAUUCGCAACUCUUUCCCAUUUCCUUACCCCCUCCCACCUACCUCUUUCCCCCCCUUCUUCCCCGCCUUUCUUCCCCGCCCGUCUUCCCCGCCCUCCCCCCUCUUAUCCCCCAUGCACGCUCACCCCACCAGGUGGCGGCGGUGGUAACGCAGCCGCCGUCCAGCCGGGGCAGGGGGCGCACUAAAGGACAGCUGCAGCCGACCGCUGUGGGACAGCUGGCAGCAGAUCGCGGCCUGCCGCCCGACCGUAUCCUCUCGCCUGCCACGGCUCGCGAUGUGCGCCCUUGUUCGCCUCAGCCUCUGUCCUCAUCCGCUGUUCUCAUUCGCUGCUCUCAUCCGCUGCUCUCAUCCGCUGCUCUCAUCCGCUGCUCUCAUCCGCUGCUCUCAUCCGCUGCUCUCAUCCGCUGCUCUCAUCCGCUGCUCUCAUCCGCUGCUCUCAUCCGCUGCUCUCAUCUCAUCCGCUGCUCUCACCCGCUGAUCUGUUACUCCUGUCCUUUUCCCUGUCCCUCCUGUCCUUUUGUUGGCCGUUUUCGCAAAUGUCCUUGCUGUGCUUCCUCGUUAGUCGUUAGCCCUCCGGCCUUUCUUGAUGCGCUGAAAUACCUUCAGCCAGAGGAGGUGGCUUUUGAGUCGACCCAAAUGUUCCUUCCGCACAUCUCCCCCCUCGCCCCAACCCACGACCCCCAUGCGCUGACCCCAUGCGCUGACCCCAUGCGCUGA